GCCGAAAUGGCGAAGUUUGUUCAUUGCCUGCUGCUGGCGCUCCUGCCAGCCGCUCUCGCAGCGCCAGCUCCAGCGCCCAUCGUCGCCGCUCCUCAUCCCAUGAUCACGGCCCGCGCGUCAUUGACCGAUCGGACUCCCACCAGAGUCCAAGAACGAGACCUUAUCAGCUCAAUUGAAGGUUUUGGAAGCUAUCUUAGCAGCGUUUUGGGAACUUUCCCCUCGUAUGUUGCAAGCGGAGUACCCAAUUUCUUCCAGGACUUCCCAACUGGAACGGCGGUGGAGAAGAGCUUGGGAAUCAGUUCCACUGAUUUGGCUGCGACACCCACACAGGUGCUGAAUAUCCCUGGAUAUGCGAAUUGGACCGAUCAAGGUUGGAACUUGCGCUUUCGCGGCAAUGUCUUCAAGCAGCCCAACAUUUCCGAAUCGAAGCUCGAUGACCUUGCGAACGUUUUCCUGGUCGGCACAUCCAUACAGCAACUCCCGCCCGCUGAACAAACACAAGCCCGGAAUCUGACUGCUGAGAUUUACGUCGUCCAGCAAGGCGGCGUCAAUGUUACUAUGAACAUUGAGCCGGCUUCGAGCCAAGGAAGCGAUGGGACUGCUGGCGGGAGCAACGCCAUUACAGCAGGAGGUGGCGCUCAAAACAUCACCCUAAUGGGACAAACAACAUCCGAGGGAGAUUUCGAUCAAUUUCUUCCACUUAAAAAUGUCUCUGGUCCGGGCGGCUAUCUUCUCCCAGGCAAUGCUACGACCAGUAUCCAACGAUUGAACGUCUUCACCCAAGGCACAGAGACUGGGAAUGCAACAUCUUAUCUCGUGCCUGAAGCAGGACUUACCAUAAUUUCUGACAUCGAUGAUAUCCUCCGCAUAACUAGAAUCUACCAGCCAGCGGACGGCCUCCUAAACUCAUUCGCUAAAGCCUUCGUGCCCUGGAUGAACAUGCCAGAUAUCUACGCAAACUGGAGCAAAAGCAUCCCGGACUUCCACUUCCACUACCUAACAACCACCCCGGAGCAAGUGACACGCAACUACAUGGAUUUCAUCUUCAAGACCUAUCCCGGUGGCAGUUUCGAUACCCGCCCCCUAAACUUCUCUGACGUCUCCGCAACCCUCUCAAUCCGCAAGUUCCUCCUCGAGAAGAUCUUCCAGACCUACCCAAAGCGGAAGUUCAUCUUGAUAGCAGACACCUCCAACUCCGACGUGAUGAAAGACUACCCAGCCAUGGCCACCGAAUUUCCAAACCAAGUGCAAUGCAUUUUCCUCCGAAAUACCUCGGCCAUAGACUCAGGCGACAAAUUCCCCUACGAUACGUCGGGAUUCAAGAAUUUGAGCCAGAACCAGUAUAUGUUCUUCCUCGUGCCUGACGAUCUUACGAAUCUGGAUAUUGUGAAUGGACAGUGCUAUAACACGACGAUUAAGCAGAACGUGACGUUUAGUUACCAGGGGCUGCCUUUCGGGUUGGGCAAGAAGAAUGCAGCAGGGAGGUUGGACGCUGGAUGGAAUGGCUUGGUUGUGGCGGGCUUAGUGAUGUUGUUGGGCAGUUGCUUGGGAAUAUUAUGA